AUGUCUUCCGCAGUUCUCAACAGACUACACUUUCAACACCAUGGUCGGGAUAAAAUGUUCGCGGCCGCAAAGGAUGUGUGGAUCCCGUUGAUGCAUCGAAAUAUUGCCGCAACGGCAAAGUACUGCAAAUGCUGCGUAGAAGCAGACAAGGCAAGCAAUCUCCCUGAGGUGGAGCUGACCCUGGACUGGGAAAAGAGAAGCGACCUAGUAUACGCACCUGAGCAAAGAAAAACCCCAAGGAUUUUGGAUGAUAAUGAGAUAACUGACAGGGAUCCCAAGGCUACUGAGAUGGCUGAUAAAGUUUCAAAACAAUCAGGAGGAAAAAAACGGCCCAAGGCUAGCUCAACAACAGUCUACCAGAAAACGGGGAAAACAGACCCCAAGGAUCCAAGAAGAACAGCGGCUGAGGAAAGCCAAAUCAAGGAUUUCUACGAAGCGUGCACCCCGGGUCCGAGCAAGUACCGGAAAUACACCCCGAGUUUACGUGAUAUCGAAAAGAGCACCCCGGGUCCAAGUGAAUCCGCAAGAAGCAUACCGGGUCCAAGUGUACCGACGAAACUCAAACGGAAAGCGGAAAAGGAUCAACUUGCAAUGGGACAGGCGAAAAAGGCGGCAAACCCGAGGAUUGUAGAAUAUAGCGAGGACGAGAGUGAAGAGAAUGACAUGAGCGAUUGGACAGUCGAGGAGGACGAUGCGGACAAAACGGCGGCGAGUAAAAACGUAAUCGAACCGUCGGAUACAGUUGAACCGUCGGAUACAGUGGCCACGCGAACGCCAAAGACCGUCGAAGGAGGUCGGAAGAAAAACGCAGAGGGGACAAGAAAAUCAACGCGACAGCGACGUGGCGUUGAUAAGAUGGGGGGUGUUAUGAUUCAUCGUAUCCAAAACAAGUAACAUAACGCAGACCGAAAAGAAAAGAAAACCUAAACGAGAGGUUUGGCAGGUGGGCCUAAAAACUCUAGUUAAACUGUUUGCCGAAAAACUCAAAGAAAACUGACAUUGAUCUGUAACAUGAAUUGGAAAGGAUAACAUUACAAGUUGAUAAAUUUUAUACAAGUUAAAAUUUAUUUGUGGUUGCCCGAAUGAGAUAGGGACCAGUUUUAAGUUUAUGUAAAUGCCAUCAAUUGUUUUCUUUCUGUCUAGAGACCUGCUCCUUUGACCUUGUGAUUUCUAACGUCUGUUCCGAUCUGAAAUACAACAGCGCAGUAAGAUUUCGAUUUAAUGCUUUACAGUUGGACUAAGAAAAUACAACUUAUUUAUUA